AUGGACCGGCUGGGGAGCAACGGGAGCUGCUCAGGCUGCCGGCUGGAGGGGGGCCCGGCGGCGGGAGCCGCCACCGGCCUGGCGGUCGUGCUUAUCUUCACCAUCGUAGUGGACGUGCUGGGCAACGCGCUGGUCAUCCUCUCUGUGCUGCGGAACAAGAAGCUCCGCAACGCCGAGGCAGCUGCAAACGGAGGAGCCAGCUCAGGUAAUACCCACGUCCCUUCAGCCGACCCGCGCUGGGAGGAGCGGGGCAGAGGCGCAGGCAACAUCUUUGUUGUCAGCUUGUCUGUUGCAGACCUUGUGGUUGCAGUUUAUCCAUACCCUCUGAUCUUAAGUGCCAUCUUCCACAAUGGAUGGACCAUGGGAAAUGUCCACUGCCAGAUAAGUGGGUUCCUGAUGGGCUUAAGUGUCAUUGGGUCCAUUUUCAACAUCACAGCAAUUGCAAUCAACCGCUACUGCUACAUCUGCCACAGCCUUCGGUACGAUAAGCUCUUCAACUUGAAGAACACCUGCUGCUAUCUUUGCCUGACCUGGAUACUCACAGUGGUAGCAAUUGUGCCAAACUUCUUUGUUGGCUCCUUGCAGUAUGACCCCCGGAUUUACUCCUGCACCUUUGCCCAGACAGUGAGCACAUCUUACACCAUCACGGUGGUGGUGGUUCACUUCAUCGUCCCACUCUCCGUUGUGACAUUUUGCUACCUACGGAUCUGGAUUUUGGUGAUUCAAGUCAAACACCGGGUGAGACAAGACUGCAAGCAGAAACUCAAGGCAGCUGACAUCCGAAACUUCCUGACGAUGUUUGUGGUUUUUGUCCUCUUUGCUGUGUGCUGGGGACCAUUAAACUUUAUUGGCCUUGCUGUUUCAAUUAAUCCUUCAAAAGUGCAGCCACACAUUCCAGAAUGGCUUUUUGUCCUGAGCUAUUUUAUGGCCUAUUUUAACAGCUGCCUCAAUGCUGUGAUCUAUGGGCUUCUUAACCAGAAUUUUCGGAAGGAAUACAAAAGGAUAUUGCUGACACUGUGGACUCCCAGGCUGCUGUUCAUUGAUGUGUCCAAGGGCGGGACAGAAGGGAUGAAAAGCAAGCAUUCUCCAGCCAUAACAACCAACAACAACCAUGCUGAAAUACACCUAUGAUUUAGGACAGUACUAUUUAUUCUGGAUUACAGUUGUAUAUAUAAUAUAUAAGAACUUUCUACCUGCAUUGCACAUCUGGUGUUACCCUCAUGCAAGAAAGGAGUCUGCAACCUUUCAUACUUAGCUUAUCACUGUGACAUCAAGGCUUUGAGUAAGGAUUUUCAGAAUGGAAAUGACUGAUUUUUUUUUUUUUUAAUUUUUUAUGUGUCGUCUUUCACUGUGUGCCUAGUUAAUCAGUUUGGUUGCUUUUACCACAAGCAUGCCCAUACUUGAAAAGGGAAGUGUUCAGAGUGCAUGGAGAAAUGCAGUUAUGCUUGAAAU